AUGGAUUACGAUAAAAUGAAGGAUCGUGUUCUCGAAGCCAUAGCUGACUCUCAUCGUGCACACAAAGUUAUCUCAGCAAUUUGUAUCGCGUACCCUCAGUUCCGGAAAAGAACCAAGUUCGAGGAGAACAAGGAUGAUUCGAAACGACGCAAGAAGGAUCGCAGUGACAGAGAUCGAUCACGAGAAAGGAGCAGAGCUAAAGAUAAGGACAGGGAGAAAGAGAGUGAUAGGGAUCGUCGACGGCGAGAGGAAGUGAAUAAAAAAGAGUUGGAAAAGGAGAAAGAGAAGGAGAAAUUGAAGAAUUUGGCAAAAGAAUUAUAUCAAAAGAAGUUGGAGGAAGAGGAAGCGAAGCGAAAUGUGGUUGUCACAGAGGAAACGUUGAGAGCCAAGGAACUUAUGUAUAAAGCGCAACAAGAGAUCGAAGAGCGUAAGCGUCAACUUGGUCUAGCGGCACCCACCCCUGCUCUUAUUGGCGCUAAUCCGAUCCCAACUGUACCUGCAAAGAAUGUUGCUCUGCGGCCACAGGAAGCGCAAAUGUUCAUUCAAGCAUCUAUGAAUAAGAAAAGUCGAGUUGACGAGUUGAAGGCGAAGCUUGCAAAAGCCACCUCAACGAUCAACUCUCUAGUUCGGCCUAAUGCACCUGUGAUGGCGCCUCUUCCUGACAUUGCGCCCGGUAUCCUUAAAGAGCGCGAUGAGGAAGCGGAAGAAGAGUUGCUGGAGUUUGUGGACCCGCGGAUUGUGGCGCGACCAGCCGAGAGGAAGCGAAAAAUGUUUAAUUUCCACGAGAAGGGAGAGUUCGAACAGUUGGCGAAUAAGCAAAGAGCUGUGGCCAAGUUGGAAAGGUUACAGGCUGAGAUUUCCCAAGCCGCCAAGAGUACCGGGAUUUCAUCAGCUGUUAAGUUGGCGAUGAUCACACCAGCGGGAAAAAGUUCUGAUGAGGUACCGGAGAUUGAAUGGUGGGAUUCCAUUGUUCUGGAGUGUGAUAGCUACAAUGACAUUCCUGGCACUGAUGUGGAAUCCCGGUUCAAGGACACUAUCAGUGAACUCGUUGAACAUCCCAUAAAAUUGAAAGCACCGACGGAUCCUCUAACACCGCAGUAUCUCAAGGUCUAUUUGACAUCUCGAGAGCGGAAAAAGAUUAGACGUCAAAAUCGUAAAGAGAUGCAGAAGGAACGCACUGAGAUGAUUCGGAUAGGUCUUGCUAAGGCGCCUGCUCCCAAAGUGAAAAUAUCAAAUCUCAUGAGGGUUCUUGGAAGCGAUGCAAUUCAAGAUCCAACGAAGAUGGAGGCCCACGUAAGAAAACAAAUGGCUGAUAGGCUCAAGAAGCACCAACAGGCGAAUGCGGAAAGGAAGUUGACGGACGAGCAAAAGGCAGUUAAGAAAACGAAGAAGCUUUCUGAAGACACGUCUUUGGCUGUUCAUGUUGCUGUUUAUAGAGUCAAAUCGCUCCUGCAUCCUUCGAAAAAGUUCAAAGUUGAGAUGAAUGCGAAGCAACUUCAAAUGACGGGUGUAAUUCUGUUGCAUAAAAAUAUAAACCUUGUUGUAGUUGAAGGAGGUCCUAAGCAACAAAAGUUUUACAAAAAUCUAAUGCUAAAUAGAAUCAAAUGGGAAGACGAAGUAAUUGGACAGAAAAAGGAUGCCGACAAAGACGCACCAGGAGAACGGAAUCAUUGCCAAUUGAUCUGGGAAGGUCAAGUAAAACGUAGAAACUUCCGCGACUUCACGGUGGUCACUGCUACUAUAGAGAAGCAGGCCAGAGAUUUAUUGGAAAAGCACAACGUAGCUCAUUACUGGGAUGUGGCCUACAGUACCACUGUUCUUCUUGAAGGACAAGAUUCGACACCGGUUUAA